AUGGUGUCCAAGAAGAUUGAGAAAAAGGUGAAGAAGAAGGUCCGUUCGGAGACGUACGGUACCUACAUCUUCAAGGUGCUUAAGCAAGUUCACCCAGACACCGGUAUCAGCAAGAAGUCCAUGAUGAUCAUGAACUCCUUUAUUACCGACACCUUCGACAAGAUCGCUAGCGAGGCCAGCAAGCUUUGCAAGUACAACAAGAAGGAGACCCUUAGCUCCCGCGAAGUCCAGACUGCGGUCAGGCUUGUUCUCCCUGGCGAGCUGUCGAAGCACGCCGUGUCUGAGGGUACCAAGGCAGUGACUAAGUUCACUGGAAAGUAA